AUGGCUGAAGAAGGACCAGGUGGUGAUAGACCACAUCAUCAUCCUCCAAGGAGACUCCUAGGAGAAUAUAAUCAUCAGUUGGGUCCUAGACAUUUCUCCAGCAUCGCCAGGCCAACCAAGGGGGUGGAGAUGAAACCAACACUAUUAUCUCUCAUAACUACCAAUCAAUUUGUAGGGAUGGACCAUGAAGAUCCCUACACACACCUAUUUUCUUUCUAUGAGCUUAUUGACACUAUGGGCGUGCCUGAAGAAGAUGAAAAAGCAGUAAGGCCAAGAUAUGUUCCUGGAGAAGAUGAAGAAGCGGUAUAUCUACGAUUAUUUCCUUUCUCUUUGACAAGUAAGGCCAAGACAUGGCUGCAGGCUCACCCAAAUCAGAGUUUGACCAAAUGGGAGGAUGUAGAGCAGAAGUUUCUGGCUAGAUUCUUCCUUCCUUCUAGAUAUAUAAGUGCUAAAUCAGCUAUUGCAACUUUCUCUCAAAGCACUGAUGAGCCUUUGUGUGAAGCUUGGGAGAGAUAUAAGUCCUUAUUGAGAAAAUUCCCAAAUCAUGGGUUUGAUGAUGUUGCACAACUUAACAUGUUCUGUAAUGGGUUAAGGCCACAAAAAAAGAUGUUAUUGGAUGCUUCUGCAGGUGGUUCUAUGAUGAUGAAGGAUUCUGAGGAAGCAAUCACUAUUAUUGAUGCUUUGACAGCCAAUGAUUACCAAGCUCACCAUGAUAGGAGCCAACCCACAAAAAGGAGAAUUCUGGAACUGGAUACUCAGAAUGCAAUUCUAGCUCAGAAUAAGCUUCUUUCUCAGCAGAUGGAAGAGUUAAAGAAACAGAUGUCUAAGCUUCAAGUAGGGUCAUCUUCACGCUCUCAGCAGGUAAUGAGAUGUGAUUUUUGUGCAGGUGAUCAUCCAAAUGGACAUUGCACCAUCUCUAAACCAGAUCAGGAGGAGGAAGUGAAUUACAUGAACAAUCCAGGAAGACAAGGGAAUUUCUCUGGAAAUGAGAUAGGUGAUAAUUUGAGAGAAAAUAAAGAUGGAGUGGAUAAAGAUAAGAGUGAAUUUGAGUCUAAAAGUGAGAAAGAGGUGGAGUUGAAUAAAGAGGCAGGAAAAAUAGAAAAUAAUAAAAAAGAGAGUGACAAAAAUGAGAGGAAAGAUGGAGAUGGGAGGGAGAAGAGCAAGAAGAAAGGGAGAGAAGUUAGUAGGCCUCCUCCAUUGAAGAAUCUACCUUACCCACAUGCUCCAUCAAAGAAAGACAAGGAACGACAGUUUACAAGGUUCCUUGAUAUAAUCAAGAGGCUACAGAUCAACAUGCCCUUUGUAGAGGCCCUAGAACAGAUGCCAUCUUAUGCAAGAUUCAUGAAGGAGUUGUUGACAAAAAAAAGAAAACUUAGUGAAGAUGAAACAGUGGAAUUAGAGGCAGGUUGUAGUGUUAUAAUUCAAAAGUCACUUCCACAAAAAUCUAGAGACCCAGGGAGUUUCACUUUAACAGUCACCAUUGGCAAUCUCUCUGUGGGCAAGGCAUUAUUGGAUUUAGGGGCUAGUAUCAAUCUUAUGCCCUUAUCUAUGUUACAGAGGAUAGGUGAUGUGGAGGUGAAACCUACUAGGAUGACUCUGCAGCUGGCUGACAGAUCUAUUAAGUACCCUCAUGGUAUUGUUGAAGAUCUCUUGGUUAAGGUUGAUAAAUUUUUCUUUCCAGUUGAUUUUGUUGUCAUGGACAUGGAAGAGGAUUCUGAGGUUCCUCUCAUUCUGGGUCGGCCAUUCAUGAAGACAGCUAAGGUCAUUAUAGAUGUUGAUGAUGGCAAACUCAAGGUCAGGGUGCAUGGUGAUGAGGUGAAUUUUAAUAUUUUUGAAGCUAUGAAACACCCAAAUGACAAGAAAGAUUGUUUUAGAGUGGAUGUGAUUGAUGAAGUGUGUUUGGAAGCUCGAAGAAAAUUUUCAUUAGCCACACCAUUAGAGAAGGCAUUAAAUUUUGAUAUUAAAGUUGUAGGUGGAAAGAGGAAGCUGCAACUUCAUGAACUUGAAGAAAUGCAUUUGCAGGCUUAUGAAUCCUAA